AUGGACCUCAUACGAAGAGCUGGAGCGUUUCUCGACUCACCCACCAUCCCGUGGAAGACACUCAUCCUCUCCUUCUCCGUCGGACAGUACGCCAUUGAGACUUUCCUUGCGUACCGCCAACACCGCGUCCUCCAACGCACGACUGUGCCCGAGCAACUCAAGCAGGAAAUCGAUCAAGAAACCUUUGACAAGUCCCAAGCCUACGGGCGUGCCAAGUCCAAGUACAACUUCUACUCCAAUGCCUUCCAAUUGAUCAAGAACUACUUCAUCAUCACUCACGACGCCUACCCUCGACUCUGGACCUUGUCGGGUCUAUGGAUCAGCCGAUACGCACCCGCUCGCUUCUCAGGCGAGAUCACUCACUCUCUGGUCUUUGUCUUCGCGUACAGCUUCGCCGAGAAGCUCAUCAGCCUUCCAUGGGAAACGUACUACCACUUCGUCUUGGAGGAGUCGUUCGGUUUCAACAAGCAGACACUCUCACUCUUCCUCUCCGACCUCGUCAAGGGUCAAGCUCUCGCUCUUGCCUUUGGCAUCCCGCUCGGUGCCGCCUUUCUCAAGAUCAUCCAGUCUACUGGGGAGAAGUUCUUCCUCUACAUCUGGAUCUUCAUGCUCGUUGUUCAGCUCGGCGCCAUCUCGAUCUACCCGACCCUGAUUGUACCAAUGUUCAACACGCUCACACCUCUCGAACCGGGUGACCUCAAAGACCGUGUCAAUGCCCUCGCAUCGAAGCUCAACUUCCCUCUUGCCGAAUUGCAAGUCAUUGAUGGCAGCAAGCGAUCUGCUCACUCGAACGCCUACUUCACUGGUCUGCCAUUCACCAAGAAAAAGAUCGUCCUGUACGACACUUUGAUCAACAAGAGCUCGCCGCCGGAGGUGGAGGCCGUACUGGCGCACGAGCUGGGACAUUGGCAAAUGGGACACACAAGCAAGUUGUUGGGUAUCAGCAGCUUCCACUUAUUCUACGUGUUCGCGCUGUUCGGCGUGUUCAUCAACAACAAGUCUUUAUAUGAGGCGUUUGGUUUCGGGGGUCGCAUGGGUCAGCCGAUCAUGAUCGGCUUUUUGCUCUUCAAUGAAGUGCUCAGCCCAACCGACAGCCUGGUCAAGCUGGGCAUGAACAUGUUGACCAGGAAGUUCGAGUUCGAAGCUGAUGCCUUCUCUCUCAAACUGGGCUACGCAAAAGAGCUUGCGGCCUCCCUCAUCAAACUACAAAUCCAGAACCUUUCCUCAAUGGAUGCCGACCACAUGUACUCCUCCUACCACUACUCGCAUCCUAUCCUCACCGAGCGUCUCAAGGCCGUCGGCUGGACCAGUGAGAAGAAGAUCUCGACCGAGAAGCCCGCCGUGAAGGCAGAUGAGCCGCGUAAGGAAUUGUGAGGCUGAGAUCAGUACGACUCGCGCCACGGUAUACAGCAUGUAUAUGAACAUGAGACAUAAUUCAUCUCCAUAUUCGCGCAAGUGACAAUGUCCACAGUCAGCUGGCAAUUGGGCUCGGAAGCUCUGCCUGACCAUCUCACCGUUCGAUCUUGAUCUUGUUCUUCUUCUUGUGGCCUUCAGAUUGCGGCUGGCCAGACGGGACAGGAUCUGGCAGACCAGGACCUGUCUGUACUGCGGGCUUGGUGUCCAGAUAUCCGUGACUGUCGCCUUGAGGUGCAGGCUCCGCAAUGGCACUCGUGCCCUCCUCCUUCUUGAUGCCCUUCUGCUUCUUCUUGUCCUUCUUGCCGAGCUUCUUCUCAGUCGAUGCGCUACUUUCCCGCUUCAUCUUCGGUAUUUCCUCCCUUCCGUCCUCUCGCUUGAUUAUGGGGAUGUCGACACCAGGCUGCGCUUCACGGUUCGUCUUCGCUUUUCGCUCCUCGGCUCUUCGAGCCUUCUUGGCUAGUC